AAUAUGGACAGCGACGAUGAUAGUGGUGCCGACUACUUCAGUGCACGUUCGAUUUCAAUUGAGUCAUCAGUAGAAGAUAACUUCGAAACGGCAGAAUCAUCGACAGUCACUUGUCAGGAAGAGGCGAAUGAAUAUGUUGACUCAGUUUUUCGUGCUUCUGUCGUUCGUUCUUUACAUCUUACUCCUGAUCCAACUGGCGAUAAUUCAAAUAUUGCUUGUGCAUAUAUUCAUGAACGCCCUAGAGAAUUUGGUGAUACGAGCGGUACGGGCGAUGAUGGAUUUGUAAAAGUUGUGGAUGAAAGCUUGCAGCCAACAUCGAUGGGGAGUGCAGAGGCUUCAAACCAGGAAAAUACCAGGUGCUCCAAUUCAUACCUAUGUAAUCCAUUCAGAUGGUUGGGAAGGCAUUGGCUGGAAAUCUAUGACUACGGAAAUCUUCUCUUCAACAUCAUAACUUGUCUUUUAGGAUUCUACGUACUUUUGAAAAUGAUUGAUAUAGCAGCCAGAUAUGCCAAAAAGCGUCUACUGAUGUUCUAUGGUACGUGGCCGCCGCCCUGAUAGUUUUUGCAUAUACAGGUUGUUUCAGAACUAAGGAAUCAAACUUCUAGGGGUUAUUCAGUGUAACAGUAGAAAACAUUUGAGUAUAGGGACCCAUAUCCGGAAAAGUGUCACUACGGCACUACGGCCCUAAGACGCGUUAAAAUUUAGACGAUGAAUUGCCUAAAUAGGAUUUAAUGCAUUUAAUUUUUGCCUUUUGUACAUGAUAUCAUCAAAACAAGUGUUCAAAAUGUCUUCCUCCAACCUGAACACACAUGAUUUCGGUGGCCUUGACUAAAAAUUUAAUAGUCGUUUUGAAUGAUUUCAAAUGCUGCUGUAAUUCGCCUUGCUCUGACCUUACAUGUCCCCACAGGAGCGGUGCAUUCAGGUUGGAGGAAGACAUUUUGAACAAUUGUUGUGAUGAUAUCAUGUACAAAAGGCGAAAAUUAAAUGCAUUAACCAAAUUUUAACGCGCCUUAGGGUCGUAGUGACACUUGUCCGGAUAUGGGUCCCUAUACUCAAAUGUUUUCUACUGUUACACUGAGUAAACCCUACAAGUUUGAUCCCACAGUUGUGAAACACCCUGUAAUAAGCCACAUCAUGUCUAUCUUGUAUUGUUCAACACAUAACCUAUUGUAAAUCAAAAAUAAAAAUAUAUAUUAUUA